UACGAAGAUAAGGAAUGCUUUUGCUUCUCUGAUAAUUAUAUACAGUAGAAUUACCACAAUUGAGAUUUUAUUAUAUCGUAUUUUUCUUUUCUUUCACUCAUAUUGUGUAAUCGUAAGCAAAUCAGCAAUAAGCACAUAUAAACAGGAUAAGUAAGGUCGCAUGUUGUUUGACUUUUUUAUAUCAAGGAACUGAUAUUUCACAAAACUAAGCAGUCAACUGGUAUCAGUGAACUUGGUAACAUUGCUUUUAUAUAAAGACUCGUAUUUCUUUAGUAAUUAUAAAUGUUGAAAAUCUGUACAAAGUGUAAAAGAUUGUUAGAAUACUAAUAAAUUAUGACGAACGUAUUUUUGAACUCUCCUCCAAAGGGAUUGGAAAAGGAGUUCAAUGUUUUAUUCACUUCUGAAGCUAUUGAAUUUCUGACAGAACUAGUUAUACAAUUUGACAGAAAAGUUGAGGAACUAUACAGCACACGAUUAAGUAGAAAGUGCGACUUCAAAAAUACUCCAAAAAUACCAAAGUUUCUUAAAUCAGAGAUAACACAUCAAGAGUGGAAAGUUGCUCCAGUUGGAAAGAGGCUUCAGAAUCGACAUUUGGACUUGGGUGACGUCAGUCCAACAAAUUAUGAACACUUUACUGCUGCGCUAUGUGCAGAUGUUCAAGGAAUACAAGUAGAUUUCGAUGAUGGUCAUUGUCCAUCAUGGGGAAAUCAAAUUGCUGGAUUGUUUAAUGUUUACCAAGCUGUACAUAAUCAAUUACCAAAUGUUCCACUGAUUCAGAAAGCUCCUAUUCUUAUGCUGCGUCCAAGAGCAUGGAAUAUGUUAGAGCACAAUGUAACCAUAAAUGGAAAAGAAAUCCCAGGACCAUUGUUCGACUUUGGUCUCUUAUGUUUCCAUAAUGCUGAAAUCUUAUCUCAGUAUGAUUCAGGUCCAUUUUUUUACUUAUCUAAGAUGGAAGGCUUUAACGAAGCGCAUUUGUGGAAUGAUAUUUUCACAUGGACGCAAUUACGUUUAAGAAUACCAUACGGAACGAUCAAAGCUUGUGUAUUAAUUGAAAAUAUUCUAUCGUCCUUUGAAAUGGAGAGUAUCCUCUUUGAGCUACGAGAUCAUUCUUUAGGACUAAACUGUGGAAUAUGGGAUUACGCAGCAUCCAUUAUCAAUAAGUUUGGCAGUGAUGCAGCGUUUGUUUUACCUGACCGCAAUAAGUAUGUCAAUAUGAAUAGACAUUUUUUAAAAAAAUACAUGGAGCUUGUCGUGAAAACAUGUCACAGGAGAAAGGCCCAUGCAACAGGUGGCAUGGCAGCUCUGUUGCUUCCGGCAGACAAGAACUCCAAAGAAUAUAAAUCGGUUAUUGACAAAGUUACUGCAGCAAAAUUAGCAGAAGUUAGAGCUGGUGUUGAUGGUUUUAUGGUCUAUGAUUUGGGCUUAGUGCCCAGUAUCAAUCAACUGUGGAAAGAAUAUGGUGGACCGUUCCCUAAUCAAAUUUCAUAUCCUGGAAUUCCUAUAGAAAUUACCGAAGCGGAUUUACUGAAGUUGCCUAAGGGUGGUGUCACAAUUAAUGGCCUUCGGCAUAAUAUAUCUGUAGGCAUUCUCUUUAUAUUCAACUGGUUAAAUGGCAAGGGUCAUUUCCCCUACAAAGGUUCUGUAGAAGAUUCAGCUACAGCUGAGAUAUCAAGGUCUCAAAUUUGGCAAUGGAUUCGACAUGGUGCACAAGUGGAAGACAGUAAUGAAAUUGUUACAAGGCAAUUGGUAAAUAAUUAUGCGACAGAUGUCAUAAAACCUCUUGCAGAGGAGUAUGCUAAGACUACUCAAGAGAAGAUCAAACUCUUUGAAGCAUUUGACGUUUUUCUUGAAAUAGUGAAUCAUAGAGAAUUCCCAGAUUUCUUAACAACAUAUUUAAAUGAUGAGCACAUAGUCAGAAAAGCCCAUGCUAAGCUAUAAAUCCAAUAUUACAAAAAAAUAAAUACAAAACAUGGUAAUCAAUGAAAAUAUAUAUCUUGUAAACACCAGAACUGUUUUUCAUAUUAAAAAAAAUUUUUAUAAAAUAUAGUAAUGUUCGUUCGUUCCUCUUUCUGUGAAUGCUUUCACUUGUAUAAUAAAUUUUUAUUAUUCGAUUCACUCUACAAUAAGUGCUGAUUUGCAAAUUAAAAAAUAUUUAUAUGAAACAUUUACCUUAUUGUACAGAAACAAUACGUAACAAACCUGCAUCGAAGUUCUAAACGGUUCAUAUUCCAUAAGCAGUGCGUUAUACUGUAGUACCUUCAUAAACGUUUUCUAAGAAUAACCCUUAUUUCCUUCGAAAGUGCAAUAAAAUAACAGGUACAAUUAGUAAAAUUAAUUUAUCUAAAACGACUCUAAAUAACCGUACUGUCCGGAAAUUAUAUUUGUUCAUAGUCUUUUUCUUGUUGCACUCUUUCUCGUUUGCGGGUUUUAAUCCCGUUUAAGUUCAUUGGAUUAGGACCGCUGCAGAAUAAUAGCAAUUUUCCUUCGAUUUUAAAAGGAAAAUGUUUCCUGAAUUAUUCUUAAUAAAUAUGCUAAAUCUGUCAUUUCAAAAGUCUCACGCGCGCAAAUUUGUAUUGUACUGCACUUA